UAUGAUUUUUUUUUUCAUCUUCUAUCCUUUAAAACAUGUCCGUUCUUCACUUCUUCAUUGCAUCUUUCCCAAUUUAUCUCCUUCUACCAAAAAAUUCCCUCUCAUGUGCAUGAUAAUCCCAAAAUCCAAGAAAAACCAAAUUCAAUUCAACCCAUAAAUCCUCAAACCCCUUUAAAAAGAUUCUGUCUUGAAGAACCCUUCUUAUGAACCCUUAAAAUCAACCAUCUUUUUUACCCCAAAUUUCCAUUGAAUUGCUUGUCUUUCUUCUUCCCAUGGCUGCAGCUGCUGCACUCAGAUCCAAACGUUACGUCGAAACAGCAUCUUUAACGGUCUCUCAAUUCAGGCACUUUCUAUCCAAUUACAUGCACUGUGGUCGCAUGGCUAGCUCCUUUCACUAUACCACCAACCGUACCAAAUGGGAGGACCACUUUGUCAACACUCCUUAUUACUUCACUUCUUUCAAGCCCCUCUCGCUUCGCGGCGAACUCGUUGAAAAGGGUUCCCAAUUUUUGGAUAUUAGGAGGAAUUCCCACGGUUUAAAUAAGGAUUUCGAUGUAGAAUUGAGAGAGAAAUUGAGUUAUGCUAAUUAUACGGUGUUGAGUUCUUAUGGGGACCCACCGGAGGUUUGGCAGCCACCUGGGGAUGGGGUUGCGAUUCGGGUUAGUGGGGUGAAUGUGGGCCGCGGUGCUGGUGGAGGUGGAGGUGGAGGUGGAGGAGGAGGGGCAACUCCGGGCUCUGGAGGCGGGUUUGGGCUGGGUUCAAAGGAUGGUUGUUGGGGGGGAUCUAAUUUGGGGCAUAAUUUUCCCACACCCAAAGAGAUUUGUAAAGGAUUGGACAGGUUUGUGAUUGGGCAGGAGAGGGCAAAAAAGGUUCUAUCAGUGGCAGUUUACAACCACUAUAUGAGAAUCUACCAUGAGUCAUUACAGAAACGGCCUGCAGGAGAUUCAGGUAGCAAUAUAGCAGAUGUACUAGAUGAUGAUACGGUGGAACUGGAGAAAAGUAACAUUCUUUUAAUGGGGCCAACAGGCUCAGGGAAAACAUUACUUGCCAAAACCUUGGCUCGCUUUGUGAAUGUUCCUUUCGUUAUUGCAGAUGCAACUACCUUGACUCAGGCAGGGUAUGUUGGUGAAGAUGUUGAAUCUAUAUUAUACAAGCUCCUCGUGGUUGCUGACUAUAAUGUUGCAGCUGCACAGCAGGGCAUUGUUUACAUUGACGAAGUUGAUAAGAUUACCAAAAAGGCUGAGAGCCUUAACAUUAGCAGGGAUGUGUCUGGGGAGGGUGUUCAGCAGGCAUUACUAAAGAUGCUAGAGGGAACAAUUGUUAAUGUUCCUGAGAAGGGAGCUAGAAAGCAUCCUAGAGGUGAAAAUAUUCAGAUUGACACAAAGGAGAUACUCUUCAUAUGCGGGGGUGCCUUUAUUGACAUAGAGAAAACAAUCUCAGAAAGACGUCAAGAUUCUUCUAUUGGUUUUGGAGCCCCAGUGCGUGCAAACAUGAGAGCAGGUGGUGUUACAAAUGCUUCUGUGGCAUCAUCUUUAAUGGAGACUGUUGAAAGUAGUGAUCUCAUUGCAUAUGGUUUGAUACCAGAAUUUGUUGGACGAUUCCCGGUUCUUGUCAGCUUAUUGGCUCUAACUGAAGAACAACUUAUUCAGGUCCUAACAGAGCCAAAAAAUGCCCUAGGCAAGCAGUACAAAAAGAUGUUCCAAAUGAAUGGCGUCAAACUGCAUAUCACAGAAAAUGCUUUGAAAUUAAUUGCCAGAAAAGCAAUAUCUAAAAAUACAGGGGCCCGGGGCUUAAGAUCCAUCUUGGAGAGUAUCUUGAUGGAUGCCAUGUAUGAGAUACCAGAUGUUCGGACUGGUGAUGAUGUAAUAGAUGCAGUAGUAGUUGAUGAGGAGGCCGUUGGAUCUGAAGGCCAUGGAAAUGGAGCUAAGAUUCUUUAUGGUAAAGGUGCAUUGGACCGUUACAUUUCACAACAAAAAUUGAAGGACUUGGAGACAACCGUAGAGGGAACCGAUGGGGAGCCCGAGGUUGAAACAGAGCUUCCUUCAGUUGUUGCCAUCAUGUGAUCAUUGUGAUGAACCUGUACAAUGUAACUUAAUUGUACAUAAUAGAUUAUACAUACAAUUACUACCAUUUUACGCAAAACAUGCAGUUUUAAUUCCACUUAGCUAGUAGCAGCAACCAACCCCAACCCCCCAAAUGGAUAUUUUGAUUGAUUUCGGUUCAUUUAUAUCAAUGAUAUUAGUGAUUGAAAAAUUCAUUGUUGUAUGAGCCGCUACAUUUUCAAGUACUAAUGGAUAAUAUUAGAAUAAAAACAUAAAAACAUAUAUUAAAAUUUCAUUAGAUUUGCAAAUUACCAUGCAUCAAGAUAUUUGAAUUCGGUCUGUUUGAUGAUUUGACAAUAAUUGAGUUGAGUUUGAAUUGUUUAUGAAUAAGAUGUAUGGAGUAAAUUGUAUGUAUAUAUAUUAAUGGUUUAUGUAUCAUGAAGCUUAUCAGUACAUAUUUAUAUUAAUUGUUGCGAGUGAAUGAAAUUGGAAGAUGCUUUUAUAUUUGC